AUGCGGGAAGCAUAUGCAUACUACUUUCGUCGAAUCCUUGUUGAACUUGCUCCUGAUUUUGCCAAAUUCAAAAGGAAUCUUGGCCACUUAGCCCCUGUCAUGCAAGUCCCAGUGAUCAAGAGUGAAAUUCUCCCUGCCCGGGCAAUGCAUCUACAGCAAUCGACAAUAGAUGACAAUAUUAGGGCUAUAGAAGACUUACACCGUCAGGCUGGCUAUCAAGCGGCAGACCUGUACAAUUACGUCCAGCUAGUGCAUGGAGACCUUGGAGCCUUCGAAAAACUCGAGUCGGCUCGUGAGCAUCGUGCUGCCGAAGAGACACCUGGACUCCGAAUGCAGUAUCUUAUUCACAUUCCAGGUCUCUUCCAUGUUUGGAUGGCAGGGCUCGAAGGGCUAUAUAGAGCAUGUUCUAUGCCAGACCUUCACCGCCUCGAGUCUUCACUGACUCAUACUAGCUGGGGGCUUGUACUGGACUGCUGGCGUCUUGCUGUUAAGGCUAAAGACCCAAGAUGGGAAACCCUUGCUGACUGGGUGAAGUCUAAACCAAAAUGGGAAGAUAUUGUCGCGAUUUCCCAUGAAAUGGUGGAACAGUUCUUGCCUGGGCCUGCAUUUGACCGGGAAAGGUUAACUGCGAAUGCUGAUCAGGUCAACGCAAACUCGAAAUUGUAUCUUCGUGACCUCAUGGAUUGUACGAUCUUCAAGGCAGCAGUCUCAUCUGGGGAUAUCGGGCGAGUGGAGCAGGUGCUAUAUUCUUGGGUGCCAAUGUGGAAAUCGACUGGGAAGCAUAAAUAUGCAAGGAUGAUAUCCAAUUUCCUAUAUCGCCUUCGUUUUGAGUACCCCGAACCACUGAGUCACGCAAUACGUAUGAAUUGGGUGUUUUGUCCUACGGGGAAAAAUGGCCAGUAUCGGGCCGUUGAUUGGGGCGUUGAAGAGCUAAAUCUUCACACAAAAGUGCUCUGGGGUGGUGCAGGUGGUCCAUCGAGAACGUGGAAUCUAAUCUAUAAACACUCUAUUCUGGUGGGAACAUUCCGAAAAGCGAUGAAAAGUUUGGAGAGAAACUUCUAUAUAAAAAGCACAGCUGUUCUUCACCCACCACCCAAAAUAGAGAAGACACUGAAGCGCCUGGUGGACGGAAUUAAGGUAGUUAAUCCUAACAAAUACAUUGAAGGUCGGAGAGCCGAUGCAUGGAUUCCAAACCACAUUACACGCGGCCGUCGAAUGAUGCAGGAUGAGAUCAAUGUGGCAAGCAGAGAAGUGGUGGAUAUGGAUGGAAAUCAGCCUGUCGUGGAAAAUUUAGAUGAUGUAGGCACUGGAAGGGAAGCACAAGAAGAAUGGAUGGAAAUCGACGAUGCACUAGUUGAUGAGCAGCCGCAGUAGUAGCGACAAAUUAAGCAGUUCCUU